AAAAGAAAAAAGAAGAAAAAAUUAGAACGUAAAAACAAAAAUUUCUCUGUUUCUAUAUAAACAUAACAAGGAAAACGCUACAGCGGAAAAUUAUUAUCAGACAUUGCAAAAACCAAAGAAAAAAAAACACAUUUUUCUUUGUUUUCUGUUCUGUCUUCCUCUUUCCAGAUGGUAAGAGGAGCGAAGGUUGGUCAUAGAAGCAAUUUUAAAAAAAGGGUUAGAUCCAAAGGUGAGGGUUCCGAUGAUUCAGAUGAAGAUUAUGUGGUUUCGGAGGAGGGAAAUGAAGAAUCUGAUGAUGAUGCGGAAGAUUAUUGUUCUUCGUUAGAUGAAUGUGCAUCGGAAGAGGGUUUUGGGAGUUUUGUUGAUGACGAGGAUGAGGAGGAAGUGAAAGAGGUGAGAAAGGUUGUUAGGUCGAAAGCUAAGAGGAUGUCUUCAGCAAGGAACAGGAAGAUUGUGGAUAGAAAAUCACGAAAGCGGAAAAGUGUAUCAGAUGAAGAAGAGGAAGAUGAGGAUUAUGAGGAGGAAGAAGAGGAUGAAGAUGAUGAUGAGGAAUUCACUCUGGAUGAAGAAGAUUGUUUGGAUGAGGAAGAGGAAUUGACAAUUGAAAAGAAGAAAAAUAAUAUGAAAGUUAGCAAGCAAGGUUUGCAGAAAAGGGGUCCUUCCAAACAUAGGAAAAAGAUGAAGUCUGCAGUUUCUAAGAAGCCUUUGAGAAAAGGAGGAAGGAAGAAACGUCGGUUGAAAAGGAAAAAGAGGGUUGAGGAAGAAGAUGAUGAUGAUUGGGAUUUUAUAGACAAUGCUCCAAUUGUGAGAAAAAAGUGCAGAACAAAUGCAGGACGGAGAAUGAAGGCAUAUGUUGUACCAUCAGAUUCAGAUUUUGUGUUGUCUGGAUCGUCUGAUUAUGAGUAUACCAUCUCAGAGGAAGAGAGAGAACAAGUGAAAGAAGCCAACCAAUUGUGUGGAAGUUUCAAAGCUAGUUUGUUGAGUUCAUCAUCCUCAAAGAGAAUUCCGGAGGUUGAGGAGUUAGGCCAGCAUAAGAAACCUCCUGGAAGAAAAGGUAAGGAGAAGGUAGAGGAAACAAAAGCUGAAGUAAUGAAGCCGGUUUGUGGCAUUUGUCUCUCUGAGGAAGAUAAGCGAAGAUUGAGGGGCACACUAAACUGUUGCAGUCAUUAUUUUUGUUUCACCUGCAUUAUGGAGUGGUCAAAAGUGGAAUCUCGUUGCCCUAUAUGCAAGCAAAGGUUUGAAACAAUCAGUAAGCCUGCAAGAUCAACAGCAGGAGCUGAUUUGAGAGAUGUGGUGAUUCAAGUCCCCAAGCGUGAUCAGGUCUACCAACCAUCUGAGGAAGAACUCAGAAGCUAUCUUGAUCCAUAUGAGAAUGUGAUUUGUUCUGAAUGCCACCAAGGUGGGGAUGAUGAACUCAUGUUACUAUGUGAUCUUUGUGAUUCAUCAGCUCACACCUAUUGUGUUGGUCUUGGGCGGGAAGUGCCUGAAGGUAAUUGGUACUGUGAUGGUUGCAGGCCGGUUGCUCUUGGGUCCCCUAGUUCCCAAGUUCAAGAUUCUUUGCCGGAUCAAAGGACAAUAAACAGUUUGUACAAUAGAUUGUCACCCAUUGUAAAUUUAGGAGAAAGUUUAGACUCCAUCGUAGUGCCUUCCCCUCGUACGCCGUUACAUUCUGGUUUUGUGGGUCUUUCAUCUCCUAGAUUUCCUGUUGUAGAUAUUCCAGCCGUUUCUCCAAUAUCUGGAGUGGGAGCUCCAACUCUGACAGGAAGACGAUGGUUACACCGCCAGAUUCAAAAUCUCCGUUCAAUCAACAGGAUGAAUCUUAUGGCUGGGAGAACUGAUGGGAUAUCAACUGCCAAUAUGGGCAUUGAUUUUGUAAACUCUCACAUUGAUCGGAGUAGGGAAACAACAGUUCAACAACCUAGGACACAAGAUAUGGGAACCCAGCAUCAAACAGUGUUUGAGGAGAGGUUACAGGAUGAUCCCUCUUCUUCGCUGCAAAGUAGGGACUUUUUUUCUUCAAGGUUGGGCCAUUUGAGAAGGCAAGCAGUUCAGGAUUCAACUACCACAACAUUCAAUAAUUCCGUCAAUUUGACGUUGUGGCCUGAACUUGCGGGUAUCAGUUCAAAUGAGCAACUCAAUCAGUGCAGCAAUGGAUCAAACAUUGGGCCUGAUGGUUGUGGUUCACCUUUUCCCGUUAGAAAUGAGGAUAAUUUUUUUAUGGCCAAGGAACAAUUGCAAGGAAUGGUUAGAAGCCAUUUGAAAGCCUUGUCCAAUGAUAUUGAUUUAGACAACGGUACUUUCAAGGACAUAGCAACGAGUUCGAUGCACACCUUAUUGGCUGCUUGUGGGCUUGAGCAUAGGAGGAAUGAGGUUCACAUUGUGCCUCCGCCAUUAAAUUGUACACAUAUUGAAAGACUGGCAGCUGGUGGACAGGCUAGCUUAAUGAAAGGAAAUGAGUAUAGGGGUUCAGUCACUUUCUUAUGUUGGAAAUUAAUUACUGUUAUAAGGACCUGAUCAUGCCUAACAACUAAAAGUUGAGAUGCACCCUAAAUAACCCUUAUUCCAACCAACUUCAGAAGCUUAACGUGGGCCCAAUUUGGGCCCGAAUGAAAAAUGAGGCCCUAAACGUAGGCCCACAUUUGCCCCAAAUUCAAGACUAGCAUGGUUUGAGACGAAAUUAUCAAUGUUGAAAUCAAAUCGUUCUCACAUCGCUGUAAGAUAUUUUAAAGAAGGGGUCCGGGCAUAAUCAUUCAUUUUAUCAUCUUGUUGAAGCCAUUCAAGAGGUGCUCAAAGGUAGCUGGGAUGGCCAAAUGGAGUCUCAAUCAACUGCCUGACUUGAAUGUCUUUCAUGAUCCACACCUCCUGGGAUUAAAAUGAUCCUCAAUGCGGAUGCUGCUGCUGUGGCAUGCCAUAUCCUCUGCUACUCGGGUUUUUGCUCUGUAUUACACCAAAAAAAAAAAAAGGUACAAGUAGGCUCAAAUGAGAAAAGCCACCAACGAUUGCAGCUACCGCCAUGGUAGAAGACUACAGCUAGCACCGAUGACCACCGUGGACACUGCAUGAAACUGUCUUUGAGGGUAGGUCAAUGGUUACCGGCCAAUCGCUCUUCAUCACUUCAAAGUAAGACUUGUUUUGAACUAGCCAUUUGAGAAGGCAAGCAGUUGAGGUUCCAUCAACUACGACUAUGAAUUUGACAUCAUGGCCUAAAACUGGGGUCAUCAGUGCAAAUGAACAGAUUCCAUCAGUGCGGCAAUUGAUCUCUAACAUUGGGUCUCAUGGUAGACGAUUACCCUUUGCUCAUGUAUACUCAAAAAACAUUUUCGUUCUCAGGAACGAAAAGCUGAAAAAGCAUGCAAUCUCCAGUUGAGGAAAGCACUAUACGAGUUCAGCCACAUUCCAUGUGUGGACUGGAAUGUAAGAACUUGAAAAC